GUCAGCACAAGCCGUGGUGGGGAGGCUGAGGCAGCCGCGGCCGCCGCCACACCGUCUCCCGGAGGCGCUGUGGAGCGCACGGACGUUCCGGCCGUCAAUGGCGCUGUGCGUCGCACCGUCUUCUCUCGCGCAUUGACUCUGGCGGUGGGACGAUUCGGGCCGCAGCCACACCGAGUACCGGCAAAGAGUCUGGGGGCGCAGCCCCCGCCGCCGCCGCCAGCCAGAGCAGGCAGCUGCUCUGCCGAGCCGCCAUGGAGAGCACUGAGGAGGAUAUAUGUCGGGUGUGUCGAUCAGAAGGAACACCAGAUAAACCACUUUACCAUCCUUGUGUGUGCACUGGCAGUAUAAAAUUUAUCCAUCAGGAAUGUUUAGUUCAGUGGCUCAAACACAGCAGAAAAGAAUAUUGUGAACUAUGCAAACAUCGAUUUGCUUUUACACCAAUUUAUUCUCCAGAUAUGCCAUCUAGACUUCCAAUUCAGGAUAUUUUUGCAGGACUGGUUACAAGUAUUGGUACAGCAAUAAGAUACUGGUUCCAUUAUACAUUGGUGGCCUUUGCAUGGCUGGGAGUUGUACCUCUUACAGCAUGUCGUAUCUACAAAUGUUUGUUUACUGGCUCUGUGAGCUCACUGUUGACAUUGCCACUGGAUAUGUUAUCCACAGAGAAUUUGCUGGCAGACUCUUUGCAGGGUUGUUUUGUGGUAAUGUGCACACUAUGUGCAUUCAUUAGCCUUGUCUGGUUACGAGAACAAAUUGUACAUGGUGGAGCUCCACAGUGGCUAGAACAAAAUCAUGCUCAACCACCCAAUGGAGUGGGGCAACCAAAUGAGCCUCAAGCUGCACCAAAUGCUCCAGUGGAGAAUCCCCAGAAUCCUCAACAAGCUGAGGAACCAGAUGGAAAUGUAGCAGCAGCUGCGGGAGCUGCCCCUGUAGUGGCAGAGAAUGCCAACGCUCAUGCAGAUGAAGGUGAAAACGAGGAUGAAGAGAAUGAGGACGACGACGAUGCAGUGGUUGAAGAUGGCGCUGAUGCCAACAAUGGUGCUCAAGAUGACAUGAACUGGAAUGCACUAGAAUGGGAUAGGGCUGCAGAAGAACUUACAUGGGAACGUAUGCUUGGAUUGGAUGGUUCCCUUGUAUUCUUGGAACAUGUCUUCUGGGUAGUUUCUUUAAAUACGCUUUUUAUUCUUGUAUUUGCAUUCUGUCCUUACCACAUCGGACACUUCUCAGUAGUUGGUUUGGGUUUUGAGGAGUAUGUAAGUACCAACGAUACGGUUCAAGCCUCACAUUUUGAAGGCCUGAUAACAACAAUAGUUGGCUAUGUGUUGCUGGCUAUGACAUUAAUAAUCUGUCAUGGGUUGGCUGCACUGGUGAAGUUUCAGAGAUCCCGGCGUUUAUUGGGCGUCUGCUAUAUUGUUGUUAAGGUAUCUCUGCUGGUAGUUGUAGAAAUUGGUGUGUUCCCUCUUAUUUGCGGAUGGUGGCUUGAUAUUUGCUCACUGGAAAUGUUUGAUGCUACCUUGAAAGACCGCGAGCUGAGUUUUCAAUCUGCACCUGGCACCACAAUGUUUCUGCACUGGCUGGUGGGAAUGGUCUAUGUUUUCUAUUUUGCAUCUUUCAUUCUUCUACUCAGGGAGGUGUUGAGACCUGGCGUCUUAUGGUUUUUAAGAAAUUUGAAUGAUCCAGACUUUAACCCAGUUCAAGAGAUGAUCCAUUUGCCCAUAUAUAGACAUUUCAGGCGGUUCAUAUUGUCUGUGAUUGUCUUUGGAUCGAUAGUCCUUCUGAUGUUGUGGUUACCAAUUCGUAUUAUUAAGACUCUGCUACCUGACUUUCUGCCAUACAAUGUAAUGCUUUACAGUGAUGCCCCAGUCAGUGAGCUGUCAUUGGAGCUGCUGCUUCUGCAGGUUGUUUUGCCGGCUCUACUGGAACAGGGACACACGCGACAGUGGUUGAAGGGGCUGGUUCGAGCUUGGACAGUCACAGCUGGGUACUUACUAGAUCUACAUUCGUAUUUGCUUGGCGACCAGGAGGAAAAUGAGAACAACGCCAAUCAACCCGCAAACAACAAUCAGCAGCCUCGUAAUAACAACGCAAUCCCGAUAGUCGGUGAAGGGCUUCAUGCAGCCCACCAGGCCAUACUGCAACAGGGUGGGCCAGUAGGCUUCCAGCCUUAUCGGAAGCCUUUACAGUUUCCUCUUAGGAUCCUCUUAUUGGUCAUCUUCAUGUGUCUAACAUUGCUGAUUGCCAGUCUCAUCUGCCUCACACUACCAGUUUCAGCAGGUCGUUGGUUGAUGUCAUUUUGGACUGGGAGUGCCAAAAUUCAUGAGCUAUACACAGCUGCCUGUGGAUUAUACAUCUGCUGGUUAACUAUCCGAGCAAUUACAGUACUAGCUGCUUGGAUGCCACAGGGCCGAGAUGUUAUUUUUCAGAAACUAAAGGAGUGGUCCCUCAUGAUUGUGAAAACAUUAAUAGUGGCUUUGUUGUUGGCUGGAAUGGUUCCACUCCUUUUAGGACUUUUGUUCGAAUUAGUUAUCGUAGCUCCCUUGAGAGUACCUCUGGAUCAGACACCUCUCUUUUACCCUUGGCAGGAUUGGGCUCUUGGUGUUCUUCAUGCAAAAAUAAUUGCUGCUAUAACACUGAUGGGACCUCAGUGGUGGCUGAAAACUGUUAUUGAACAGGUCUAUGCAAAUGGAAUUCGAAACAUCGAUUUGCAUUUUAUAAUUUGCAAGCUAGCAGCGCCAGUCAUUGCCGUGUUACUGUUGUCACUCUGCCUGCCCUAUGUCAUUGCUGCAGGCAUUGUGCCGCUGCUGGGUGUGACCACAGAGAUGCAAAAUCUAGUCCAGCGUCGAAUUUAUCCUUUCCUUCUCAUGGUGGUGAUAUUGAUGGGAGUCUUGUCCUUCCAAAUCCGCCAGUUCAAGCGCCUAUAUGAGCACAUUAAAAAUGACAAGUAUCUCGUUGGUCAGCGGCUUGUUAACUAUGAGCGAAAGAUGGGUAAACAAACAACGUCAACUGCUUCAACUUCUUCUGAAGAGUAGUCGGUGUUGGCUGACUAUUUCUUCCUCCUAUAAAUUCCUACCACAAAACCCGCCAAACUCCCCAAACCGAACCUCUUCCUUUUCCCCAUUGUUUACGUACAGCAAAAAAGUCCUACAGUCUGUCUGGUAACUGUAUAUGUGUAAAUAUAAUGAACAUUCUGAGCCCCUUUAAAGAUAAAUGAAUGUGCAUUGUAAAUCUUAAAAUAUGUAUAUUAAUUUAUUAAAUGUAGUCAUCACUUUA